UUUGUGUUUUAAAGCACAACAAAACCAUAACCUAAGUUUAUUUUUGCACUGGCGGUAUUUCACGUUCAUUUUCUUUCGUAUUUUCUCAAAGAGUGUUAGUAAUUAUAGUGUAAAGUUACUUAAAUAUAAGUUUAGUGUAUUAUUUUGUGCCAAAAUGUCUUCUGACUUCUCAGACUUGCUUUUUGAAGCUGAGAAGCUCACUCAUGAUAUUGAGGGGCCUUCAGAGCUUCCUAAGGUAGAUAGGUCAUUAAGACAAGUUUUGGAAGCUUCCUCUGAUUUGUACACAAGAGUGGCACAGUCUGGAUCAAAAGAUAUUCAAGCAAACCUUCUCUUGGGUUCAAAAGGCAUAGAUUUACCAAGAAUUUCACAAAAGUUAGAUGCCAUCAGCAGCAAAAGAACUUUAGAAGCUAUUGAACCAGUUGAUGAGUUUGAUUUGGACUCACUGUUGGAAAAUGAACUCAGAAAUUGCAUUUUGGGUGUGAUAGAAAGCGAACAUAAAUUAUGUUACAAGCAAAUUGCUGAACAAGCAUGGGAACAUGAAUGGGCUGAAUGGAAACAGGAAAAACGCAAGAUAAUGAACGCCAUGGUUGGCCCAUCUGGCAAUUUCAUCCAUCUUGCAACUCCUGAUUCCAUUGUAAUGGACAAUCCAGUGAUUGCUUCACAAUUUAUGACUCAACAGGAGGCAGUCUAUGCUGGAAAAGUCAUCGAAAUGAAUAAAAGACAAGCUAAAAAUGAAACCAAACCAAAUCUGGUUAAGUAUUUCGCUGCUACAGCUGAAGAAUUUAAAGACACUAAAGUUAAUGAUAUGUGGGAAAUAAUGAAAUUCAUGACGAAUGUAACACUCACCACACACGGAGAAGACCCAAUCACAGCUCGUAAACACAAUCUAGUAGUAAUGGACCUCGUAAAUCAAGCGAAAAAAUACUUGGAAACGCGUUACAAGACCUACAUGUGUAAUGUUAUCACUGAAAAUCUGGCAGCUGCACAGCGAGGAGGUAUUCCCGGUACUUACACUCUGGUGAGGAGUUAUCUUGGUGUUAGGCUCCAAGGAGGAUAUGUUGGUUUCCUCGACGGGACAAUCGAUGAGCGCCCUCUGUGGCCUAUGGUGUAUUAUUGUUUAAGAAGCGGUGAUAUUCCAGCUGCAAUUGAGUGUUUAAACAAAGCAAACGGACGUCAAAGAUUCCCAGAUUUACUGGAACUCCUCGAAGCACUGAAUAAAAACCCCAAACAUCCAGAUUUGCACAAAUUAGAAGCAGCAGUUCGUUUCCAUUAUCGUCGAUUGAUACGCAACGACACUGAUCCAUUCAAACGCAUUGUAUUUGCUGUAAUGGGUUGUUGUGACAUUUCUGAUGAACAUUCCGAAGUUGCACGCACGGCGGAUGAUUGGCUAUGGUUGAAACUAUCUCUGGUUCGCGUUGAUUACGAAAAGGAAGACCACAUUGAUUAUUUCGAGUUUCAACGCACGAUUAUUGAAGAAUACGGCGAAUCACACUACGAUGCAGCCAAACAACCACAUUUAUAUUUUCAGGUGUUAGCUUUGACCGGGCAAUUCGAAGCGGCCAUUGAAUUUCUAUCUCGUAUUGAACGUUAUAAAGUACACGCAGUUCACAUGGCGAUUGCACUUAAUGAUUGCUAUUUAUUAGCUGGCCCAGAAGAUUAUUCAUCACCUCUGCUUAUUGUGGAUCCCGCCGAUCCGAAACCAGCAAGACGCUUGAAUCUCGUCCGAUUAAUUUUGGUUUACGUGCAGAGGUUUGAAAUCCACUGUAUUCUCGAAGCAUGCAAUUAUUUCUAUCUCCUGCAUAAGAUUCAUGACUCGGAGAAGAAGAAUAUGUUCCAAGUUUGCAUCUGUGAUCUCGUGCAGGAGACCAGAGAGUUUGAGAAAGUGUUCGGUAAGGUUCAACGCAACGGGAUUAGAACUAAAGGUAUCCUGGAUCAGUUUAGGCAUCCGGAGAUCACUGUUGAGAAAACAGCGCAUAUGUUGGCUGAUCAAUUGGUGCGCAAGGGAAUGUAUGAGGAUGCUAUUGAUUUGUAUGAUAUUGCAAAUAACCAAACUGAGGUUUUGAAUCUUCUAUCGUCACUCUUGGCUCAAGUUAUAACCCAACCAUCAUCUCAAGGUUCUCUAAGGGAUAGAAUGACAAUGAAAGUGAAAGAAAUCUAUGAAAGAUACUCCAUGGAUACAUCUAGGUGUUCUGCUGCAUCAGCAAACGCUUUCUGUAACCUUAAAGAUUUGUUGAUUUUCUUUGAUCAGUACCACAGUAAGAAUUUCACUGCUGCUCUAAAGUGUUUAAACGAGUUGAAAAUCAUCCCAACGCAAGCCUACGAGGUAGAUGAUCGUGUCUCAAGUUUCAAAUCACUUACAUCUGAUGUUUGCAAAGUAAUUCCGGACGUUUUACUCGCCACAAUGAAUAUUUACUUUGCUCAAUAUCAGAAAAUCAAAGAUAAUGAACACUUACCAACAAGAUUGCAGGAUUAUUCAAUUGACAAACAAUUGGGUGUUAUAAAAGAGCAGGCACGCGUACUGACCAACUUUACAGGGCUCUUACCGUACAGAAUGCCAGGAGACACUAACAGUCGACUUGUCCAAAUGGAAAUACUGAUGAAUUAAUUAAUAUUUGUUGCUUUUCUUUACAAUUCAGCCACUUCAGGAGUGGUGAUGUAUUUUGAUACGCAUAAAUCCGAUGAAAAGUC